CGUCGUCGAGAGCGGUUGAUCAGUGAUCGAGUGACAAUCCGAGUAACGAGUUCCACAAAUCGAGUUCCUGUUGAAGGUGCUGUUUCCGGAUCAACACUUCCGGAACUUUCGUCUGCACCAUGCGGACUUUGUAUGUCGGAACGGUGGUAUUGCUGUGCCUGGCUGUGGCCAUAGAUGCCCAGUGGUUCGGUAGCAAGAAGAAACCGGAAGAAGAUCCGAAUGUGUCGCUGCUCUCGUACGCUCCGGUCGAUCCGAGCGUAACGCCGGCCGCGUCGACGGUGGCCGCCACCACCAGCACCACUCCGGAGCCGCCAUCGACGACCACGAAGAAGGGCUUUUUCGGCAAGCUGUUCGGCGGUGGUUCGAAGAAGGAAGAAAAAGACGCUACCACCACGACCACAACAACGACAACGACAACUGUAGCGACACCGACCACCAAGAAGCAGGGCUUCUUCGGUGGGUUGUUCGGCGGUGGGAAGAAGGACAAAACGUCCACCACCACCGUCGCUCCAUCGACUACGGCGAAGGCAGGAACCACGGCUAAACCGGGAGCGGUUACCACGGCCCGUGCCGCUUCGCCUCCCUUUCCCACAGUGACAACGGCCAAAACACCGGCAGUGGCCGUAGGAGUCACUCCAACAACCACGGCCAAAACUGUCGUCGCUGGAACACCGACAGUUUCAACAACACCGAAAUCGAAGGACGCAUUCCCGGCCCUUCCAGCGUCGCGUGGCAGUGGCAGUCCCACACCGGCACCCGUUUCUACGUCCACCGUUGCCAAUGCCUGGACCGCUACGCCACCGACCGGGAAACCGGGAAGCGUAAGCUUCGUACCGACGCCACCGGCACCACCCGGCACCAAGGUUAGCUCCACACCGGCAUCGGCGUCGGCGGUGGGCGAUGGACCGGCCACGGACGAAGAAUUGGUGGCCUUGUCCGAGCUGCUGUUCACCAAGGACUCGAACAGUCCGAGCAAGUAUGUCACCACCAACUACCAGAAGCAAACGUCGUCGUUCGUCAACACGGACGAGGCACCGAAUCCAUUCCUGGCGGUCGAUGAAGCGAAGAUCUACGCGAUGCCGACGAUCGAGAAGAUGCACGCACUGUUCAACAACUACGAGCUGGACACGAUGACUAACGAGCAUGUGACGCCGUUGGAGAAGAAGGAGGAAAACGACUUUGUCGACGCACUGCUGGCCACGAACGUUAUGCGCCAGGCGAUGCUGUUCCUGCAGAAGAAGGGCAUCGUCACGGCCGACCCGAAGACGCACCACGAGCUGCUGAAGACGAUUUGGUUCACACUGUACUCCCGCGGCAACGGCAAGAUCGGUAGCUCCGGGUUCGAGCACGUCUUCCUGAACGAGGUCAGCAAUGGUACGAUGAUCGGCCUCCACAACUGGCUCUACGUGUACGACAUGGAAAAGAGUGGGCGCAUCGACUACAAGGGUUACAUCAAGAAGAUGGAGCUGGGAACGAAAGGUGAAAUUGCAAAGGUGCGCCUAACGUUCGACAAUCUGCAGAAACCGUCGAACUCACUGUUCGUCGGCACGUCGCCGGAGUUGGAGAUUGCGCUUUACACCGUUUGCUUCCAGAUUAGGCCGGACAAGGAGUGUCCGUUGGCGGUGAACGGAAAACCGUUCACUGUUAAAACAUUCACGUUCCGCUAUCGCGGCAAAAAUCUGAUUGGUGGUGCGUGGCCCAAUAUUUAAGCGUCUACGUCGCAAUCGCCUGCUAAAGUUACCGUUUGCGUAGCGCAUUACACAUUGCACGAUUAUUAUGACAGCAUUUUACCUCAUUUUUUACUCAAAUAAACGAAUUUAAUUAUC